GCAGAGCCGAGUGCUUGGUUUCACGUUGCCCAUGUAUCUUGUUAUUCCCUGGUUCGCGGAGCAGAUACGGAGAAGAGAGGAGUAGCAUGUACUUGCACUUUACUCGUACCGCUACCAAAACCAGGCUACGGGACAUCCAUCUGUCCAGGGUCCAGUUUAUUCUUUUCGGGCCCAGAUCUGGCGUCAAGCUCGCCUCCAAUUGGCACAGAUUUUUCUGCUCCUCUUUAUUUUUUCCAGGGGCUCGUCAAUCAGGGUCCCCUUUUUGCUGUGCCUGUUUGAAAUGGCAAAAGGACUCAAUUGAAGAGAACAAGAGUGCAAGAUAGCAGCAGAGUACAACAGAAGAAGAAGAAGAUGCAGUGCAAGACAGAAUUGAGGCAAAUGGACAUUGAUAGUACCAGAAACAUGUACCUAAAAAAAGGGCUCCAGAGCCGCCCCAACAAAAAAUUAUCUCCCAGCUGCCAUGCCAUUGCAUCUGCUUCUGCAUGUACCGGGCCAGUGGGGGGAGGCCAAAUCGUCCAAGGGGGGCCCGGCAAGUCAAAAGUCACUCUGGCUGUGGUUUUUGCGUGGGCUGGACUUGGGCUUGAGCUUUGGGCUUGGGCUGCUGCUGUGUGUGAGUGUGUGAGUGAGUGA